AUCGACUAACAUGUUUACUUCAUUCAUGUGUUAACAUGUUGCCUUCGACAAAUAAAACUCAUGUCUCAAAUCAAUCAAACCACUUCCGGCUCCUGACCCUUACUGACGCGUGCUUUGAUGUUUAUUUUGACGGUGCAGCCUGUCUGUUUCCGGUCUGUUGCUGGCUAGCUUCCUGCGCCUUGACGCAGCUGAUGGUGUUUCUCGGGUGUUCGAGGUUUGGUUGUUUGUCAGACUGUGAGUUGUGAGUCAGACGUGAAGCUGUAGAAUCAUCAUGUCGUCGCUUUCAGGGGGCGUCAGGGAUGCGGCGCAGGCUCUCCGGGUUCGAGGAGCUGCUGAGAGGGGAGAGGCUGCGAGUCUGCAGGGAGCCGUGGACCCGGAGCUCUGCCGGUCAGACUGAGGAGCCCUGAGCGGUCUCUACCUCCGGAUCAGAUGGUGGUGGCAGAAGGCAAGUGUGCAUGACAAGAUAAACAAACCCCAGAGGCUGCCCUGCCUGCGCUGCGGAUAAGCUGCGAGUCUGCUGCGAAUUUGCCUUUUCUGGGCCUCUUCCGGCACCACCGACUCCCUCUGUAGGAGUAGAUGCACCAAUUAAUAAUAAAUGGAAUGGGCAGCAGCCCCUGAAUUGAAAAUUUCGCCUUGAAACCAGUUUAUUUUCCUGACCCCUGAAGCAAGGUGCUUUUGACUGAAAACAAUGGCUGACCACGAAGAAGCUGAGUUAUCCAAGUCCCUGCAGAAGGAGGACGGGUUUUCCAGCGAGCAGGAGGAACCAGGUUCAAACUUCAAAUCUAAUAGUAUGCCGAUUUUAAAUGAUGCGAUGCCUCAUAAGGAAACCUUACUGGCUGGUUCUGUGCGGAUGUCUAUAACAGCGGAGGAGAGCGCAGAGUUCAUCCAGCUACCGGCCAAGACCGAGUCCUUCGAGGCAGAUUCCCCAACGAAAACAAAGUACCUGCCCAAGUCAGGAAAGUCUGCACUGAACAGGCCGAGCUCAUACAUGGAGAACACGGAGAUCAGAAGGAGUAAAAACAUGGCGAGGAGGAAGGCCCCGGGGUUUUUCGCUUCUAAGCUAGCACCCAUUCGUCUGCCUAGUAGGAAAUACCUGAACAUUAUCUUGCAGGACUCUCGCUGCUUCCUGUUCUGCAUGUGCUACCUGACUUUCAUCCAGUCUCUCAUGGUGUCGGGCUAUCUCAGCAGCGUCAUCACCACCAUAGAGAAGAGGUACAGCCUGAGGAGCUCCGAGUCAGGCCUGCUUGUCAGCUGUUUCGACAUCGGGAGCCUCGUGGUGGUCGUCUUCAUCAGCUACUUUGGUGGUCGGGGCCAGAGGCCUCGCUGGCUAGCGGUAGGCGGGAUCUUUAUAGCUGUUGGCGCCGCCCUCUUCUCCUUACCUCACUUCAUCUCCCCGGCCUACCAGAUCCAGGAGGUCAACUCAUCAUCUGCCAAUGAGGGCCUGUGCAUGAACACCAACGCCACUGGCAGGGACCGUGUUGAUAUCACUUCCUGUCCCAGAGACCAGGAGGGCAACGAACACAACCUGUACGUGGCGCUGUUCAUCAUCGCUCAGAUCCUGGUGGGCAUGGGAUCCACACCCAUCUACACGCUGGGACCCACCUACCUGGAUGACAACGUCAAGAAAGAGAACGCCUCAUUGUAUCUAGCCAUCAUGUAUGUGAUGGGAGCAUUGGGCCCAGCAGCGGGUUACCUGCUGGGAGGAGUCCUCAUCGGCUUUUACGUGGAUCCCAAGACUGCUGUCAACAUCGACCAGAGCGAUCCGCGCUUCAUCGGCAAUUGGUGGAGCGGGUUCCUGCUGUGCGCCGUGGCCAUGCUGCUGGUCAUCUUCCCCAUGUUCACCUUCCCCAAGAAGCUGCCGCCCCGACACAAGAAGAAGAAGAGGAGGAAAAAGCUGAGCCUGGACGAUCUGUCCAGCGACGACGACGUGCUCAAGGAGAAGAGCAACAACAAGAGCCAGGCGGUCACCUCGUCCAUGGGCUUCGGCAAGGACAUCAAAGAUCUGCCCAAAGCAGCAGUGAGGAUCCUCAGCAAUGUGACCUUCUUGUUCGUCAGCCUGUCGUACACGGCAGAAAGCGCCAUCGUCACCGCUUUCAUCACCUUCAUCCCCAAAUUCAUCGAGUCUCAGUUUGGCAUCCCGGCCUCCAACGCCAGCAUCUACACCGGUUUGAUUAUCGUGCCGAGUGCCGGCGUUGGCAUCGUCCUGGGCGGCUACAUCAUCAAGAAGCUGAAGCUUGGAGCUCGUGAGUCGGCCAAGCUGGCCAUGAUCUGCAGCGGCGUCUCGCUCCUCUGCUUCUCCACGCUGUUCAUCGUGGGCUGCGAGAGCAUCAACCUCGGAGGAAUCAACAUCCCCUACACCACCGGCCCGACUCUCACCAUGACCCAGAGGAACCUGACCGGGGGUUGUAAUGUGAACUGCGGCUGUAAAAUCCACGAGUACGCUCCGGUCUGCGGCUCUGAUGGCAUCACGUACUUUAACCCCUGCCUGGCCGGCUGCAGCAGCGUGGCUAAUGACAGCACCGGGAUUCGUAACUACUCAGACUGCGCCUGCGUCCAGAGUCGACAGGUCAUCACGCCGUCGUCCAGCGGUCAGGGUAGCAACCAGCUACAGCUCGUCAUCGUCAAGACCUACCUGAACGAGAAUGGUUACGCCGUGUCAGGGAAGUGCGACCGUACCUGCAGCACCCUCAUCCCCUUCCUCAUCUUCCUCUUCAUCGUCACGCUCAUCACUGCCUGCGCCCAGCCCUCCGCCAUCAUCGUCACCCUCAGGUCUGUCGCGGAGCAGGAGAGGCCGUUCGCUCUGGGAAUGCAGUUUGUUCUCCUCAGGACUCUUGCCUACAUCCCGACACCGAUUUACUUUGGCGCAGUCAUCGACACCACCUGCAUGCUGUGGCAGCAGGACUGCGGCGUCCACGGCUCGUGCUGGGAGUACGACGUCACCUCCCUGCGCUUCGUCUACUUCGGCCUUGCCGCCAGCCUCAAAUUCCUCGGCUUCUUCUUCAUCUUCCUCACCUGGUACUCCAUCAAGUACAAGGAGGAGCGGGUGGAGCGGUGGCUCAAGCGCCACCUCUCGCCCGUCGACACUGUGGGCAGCCUCGUCUGCCACCCGGGCGGCCACAAGGGCCACGCUCGCACCCGCUCCUGCCCCGUCAACAUCCCACGAAGUGACCCCAACACUCUGCCUGCUCAUGCUCCGCCACGCGCCGGCGCCCUCAACCGUGGUGUCAGCACUCAGAGUUGCCCUGGCAACGAGCUAAAAGCAGUAACCCCUCCCCCGCCUGCUGCACCAUCAACACCAUCAGCGACACCCGCGCCCACGCCGGCCCAAUCACUGGAACACGUUUCAGUCCGAGUCUGAGUUUCAGAGGGGAGGUGGACGGUGAGCAAGAUCUCACUCUUUUAUUCUGAAAUCCAGUCAGCUGGGUUUCAGCUGCCGUCACCACGCGGAGGUCCUGCUCUCAUCUCAUGGCUGGAAAAACACACACUUCAGUCUUGUCUGCGCCGCCGGCCUCUGAGGGUCAAAGACCAACAACUGGUGGUCGUGAUUUAUCCUGAUUCCAGAUCAGUGGUUGAAGGACAAGUUGAACUAAUUGGAGACCGCCCAGCCGGGAGACCCCGUCUCUGACUCGAAACACCCGCUGGGUUGGUGAAAACGUUGAAAGCGGCCAGUUGUUUCUCGUUGCUUUCCAUCAGACGGCGCAGCGAGCACAAAACAACAGCUCUGCUUCCCCCGCAUGGGACGGAGGAGAGUUCAUCACCCCCCCUCCCCCCCCCUGGCAGUAUGUGCCUUCUGUCACCACACACCUCACUAGUGUAGAACAUGGAUCAGACAUCAGUACCGGACAGCUCAGAGUCACCUGAACAGGUACCUCAGCUUCACCCAUCCUGCAACUUUCCCUUCACCUCACAUCUGUCUGCUUCUUCUUCUGCUUCUUCUUCUUCUUCCUCAUUUGUGUUUUUUAUGUCUUCGCCAUCAUGUGAGUGAUUUUUUUUUUCCUUGCAUAUCGACGCUCGUGGAAGAACAACAAAAAAAAACCCCAUGGAAAUGUGAUACGCUGCAGUUGUGCAAGUGUGGAGAACUGGAAGCCAAUGCCAUGGUGCUAUGUGAAAAAACAAUGUCCAGCAUCCAUUUCUUGUUCUUUUUCUUUUUGGUUGUAAUUUUUUUAGGGUUAGAAACAUUUGAAAAGAAUCCAACUGGACAACAGGUCACCGGGCUAAGCAGCUUCGCACGCACAGAACGCAUUCCUGUCCGGUGCAAGGCCUUUUGUUGCCGCCUUGACACAAUGGCACGUAGUAUUACCGCUGCAAGUCGGAUUGCUCCACACAAUGCAUCCAUACCCGAGCUGCUUCCCCUCGGACUGGCUCCCUGAUAAGUGGUUUAACCUGAAAAGAACAGGAUCGGCAUUUUCCUCCUGACCACAUUCCUGAGCCAGCUGGACGAGUCGCUGGGAUCCAUUUCCUCCGCGCGGCCCGGGAAGGAACAGAACUGUGCUCGCUGAAGUUUCCCACAUUGGACCUGGAAAGUGUAUUUCUGACUAGUUACCAGGCUCAUGAGUGACACAGCCAUUACCACAACACCUGUACUAAACCUGUAGUCAGACGAGUAGUCGGCCAUCACGUAGAGGUCAUAGUGUAGUCGUCUAAUCUAAGUCAUCUCCAGAAAUAAUAACCCUGCCGGGGAACUUGGGAAGAAUCCUGAAUGGAGAACUAGUUCCAUUCCUCCUGCGUUAUGUGAGCUAUUUGUUUCACAGUAGUACCAGUGAAUUAUGGGUAAUGACAUUCGUCUCCUGAAAGAAUUGGAUGUGCCGUUUUCUUCACCGCUUGCCGGACAACAGUUGUGGCACACGGUAUGUUAAAGUGUGAAGUUCAGAAAAGGCUACAGAUCACUGCAGCUGAUGAUUGUUUUCUUUAUCACUGAAUCGACUGAUUAGUUCUCAACAUUA